AGCGCGGUUGUGGCCGCCGACGCGCGGCUCAAGGGAACGGGAGUCUUCUCGGGCGUCCGGGAUCCCCUCGCACAGCUUCGCGGUGCCUCACCCGGCAAGUCGCAUGCGCACCCAGACUUGCUGGCGAAAGGGUGAGGGGAGGGGCGAUCAGAGAGCUCCGGCCAGCUGUCGGAGCCCGCGGGGGUCACAGACGACGCAUGCGCCGGGAGGGAGCGCAAUCACAGAGUCAGCUUGCGGCUACCGGUUUAAAAAAAGGAAACCCCGGAGCGCACGAGCGAAAUCUGGCCGCCAACUCGUGCGCACUCCUGUGAGAGGCGCUCCACUGGGUGGGCCCCGGGCCCUAAGUCCGCAGUGAAAGAAAAGCACAAGAAGUAAAGAAACUUUUAUCGUUAUUGUUCACUGGAGUUUUACACUAAUCCUCAAAAUCAGUUUACAGAAUUCUGAGACUAAUGGUUGGCUAUAGAGAAGAUUACGUUGAACUCACAAUUUUCUGAAGAAUCAGUUCAAAAGAUCCAAAAAGUACAAACGGAGAAGUACAAAUGUCUACCACAAGACGAAAACGUAAUAUGUUAUGUUGUUUACCGUAAGCUGUAGUAAAAUGAGCUCGAUUGUUGACAGAGAUGAUGGUAGUAUUUUUGAUGGUUUGGUGGAAGAAGAUGACAAGGACAAAGCAAAAAGAGUGUCUAGAAAUAAAUCCGAAAAGAAACGCAGAGAUCAAUUUAAUGUUCUUAUUAAAGAACUGGGAUCCAUGCUUCCUGGUAAUGCUAGAAAGAUGGACAAAUCCACUGUUCUACAGAAGAGCAUUGAUUUUUUACGAAAACAUAAAGAAAUUACUGCACAGUCAGAUGCUAGUGAAAUUCGACAGGACUGGAAGCCGACAUUCCUUAGUAAUGAAGAGUUUACACAAUUAAUGUUAGAGGCUCUUGAUGGUUUUUUUUUAGCAAUCAUGACAGAUGGAAGUAUAAUAUAUGUGUCUGAGAGUGUAACUUCAUUACUUGAACAUUUACCAUCUGAUCUUGUGGAUCAAAGUAUAUUUAAUUUUAUCCCAGAGGGGGAACAUUCAGAGGUUUAUAAAAUACUGUCUACUCAUCUGCUGGAAAGUGAUUCAUUAACUCCUGAAUAUUUGAAAUCAAAAAAUCAGUUAGAAUUUUGUUGUCAUAUGCUUCGAGGAACAAUAGACCCAAAGGAACCAUCUACCUAUGAAUAUGUGAAAUUUAUAGGAAAUUUCAAAUCUUUAAACAAUGUAUCCACUUCAGCACACAAUGGUUUUGAAGGAACUAUACAGCGUACACACAGACCUUAUGAAGAUAGAGUUUGUUUUGUAGCUACUGUCCGGUUAGCUACACCUCAGUUUAUCAAGGAAAUGUGCACUGUCGAAGAACCUAAUGAAGAAUUUACAUCUCGACAUAGUUUAGAAUGGAAGUUUCUAUUUCUAGAUCACAGGGCACCACCCAUAAUAGGAUAUUUGCCAUUUGAAGUUUUGGGAACAUCUGGCUAUGAUUACUAUCAUGUGGAUGACCUAGAAAAUUUGGCAAAAUGUCAUGAGCACUUAAUGCAAUAUGGAAAAGGCAAAUCAUGCUAUUAUAGGUUCCUGACCAAAGGGCAACAGUGGAUUUGGCUUCAAACUCAUUAUUAUAUCACUUAUCAUCAGUGGAAUUCAAGGCCAGAGUUUAUUGUUUGUACACAUACUGUAGUAAGUUAUGCAGAAGUUAGGGCUGAAAGACGACGAGAGCUUGGCAUUGAAGAGUCUCUUCCUGAGACAGCUGCUGAUAAAAGCCAAGAUUCUGGGUCUGAUAAUCGUAUAAACACAGUCAGUCUCAAGGAAGCAUUGGAAAGGUUUGAUCAGAGCCCAACCCCUUCUGCUUCCUCCCGGAGUUCAAGAAAAUCAUCUCACACAGCAGUCUCAGACCCUUCCUCAACACCAACAAAGAUUCCAACAGAUACCAGCACUCCUCCCAGACAGCAUUUACCAGCUCAUGAAAAGAUGGCACAAAGGAGGUCAUCAUUUGGUAGUCAGUCCAUAAAUUCGCAGUCUGUUGGUCAGUCUUUAACACAGCCAGUGAUGUCUCAAGCUGCAAAUUUACCAAUUCCACAAGGCAUGUCCCAGUUUCAGUUUUCAGCUCAAUUAGGAGCCAUGCAACAUCUGAAAGACCAGCUGGAGCAACGGACCCGGAUGAUAGAGGCAAAUAUUCAUCGGCAACAAGAAGAACUAAGAAAAAUUCAAGAACAGCUUCAAAUGGUCCAUGGUCAAGGGCUGCAGAUGUUUUUGCAACAGUCAACUUCUGGAUUGAAUUUUGGUUCUGUUCAACUUUCUGGAAAUUCAUCUAACAUCCAGCAACUCACACCUAUAAAUAUGCAAGGCCAGGUUGUUCCUACUAACCAGAUUCAAAGUGGAAUGAAUACUGGCCAUAUUGGCACAACUCAGCACAUGAUUCAACAACAGACUUUACAAAGUACUUCAACUCCGCAGAGUCAACAAAAUGUUCUGAGUGGGCACAAUCAACAAACAUCACUGCCCAGUCAGACCCAGAGCACUCUCACAGCCCCACUGUAUAACGCUAUGGUGAUUUCUCAGCCGGCAGCAGGGAGCAUGGUCCAGAUUCCAUCUAGUGUGCCCCAGAACAGUACACAGAGCACUGCAGUAACUACUUUCACUCAGGACAGACAGAUAAGAUUUUCUCAAGGUCAGCAACUUGUGACCAAAUUAGUGACUGCUCCUGUAGCCUGUGGAGCAGUCAUGGUACCUAGCACUAUGCUUAUGGGGCAGGUGGUGACUGCCUAUCCUGCCUUUGCUGCACAACAGCAGCAGUCACAGACAUUGUCAGUAACGCAGCAGCAGCAGCAGCAGCAGCAGGGUUCCCAGGAACAGCAGCUUCCUUCUGUUCAGCAACCAUCUCAGGCGCAGCUGACCCAAGCACCACAGCAGUUUUUACAGACUUCUAGGUUGCUCCAUGGGAAUCCUUCGACUCAGCUCAUCCUCUCAGCUGCAUUUCCACUACAACAGAGCACUUUCCCUCAGUCACAUCACCAGCAACACCAGUCUCAGCAGCAGCAGCAACUUAAUCGGCAUAGGACUGACAGUUUGACUGACCCUUCCAAGGUCCAGCCACAGUAGCACAUUUGCCUCCUGUCUGCUCUCACAGGAGGAAGGGGUUGGCCCAGAGUUGCCAUGAUGAUCCGAGGAUAGGAGGAAGAGUUCCAGCAGCUUCAGGAGAUGCAGUAAUGAGUGUUCUAGUUCUUGGAAUUAAUUGACAGGGAAAAUGCUGCCUAGUGCUACAGAUGUACAUUUAAUACCAGCCAGCAGGAGGUGAUCAUAGGGAAAUAGCCAAUUCUGACAGUGUUUUCAUUGCCCAGAUACUUUUUGAUGGAAAGAAUAUAUUGCCAAAUAUUAAGAAGUUCAGCUAUGAAACAUGACCUCCAGUGAAUCAGCAAGACACCAACGAUGUUAGUAACUUUUAGUGGGUCUGUGCCUGUUAUCAAGUGUUACAGAGGACACACCGCUGCCAUGUCAGGGGUUUGCUUACAAUGAUGCCAUGAAGACAGUCCAGUAGACUCAGUAGAACACCCCUCCUCCCAUUUCAGAUAAUGAUGGAACAAUAAUUAUUUUCAGAAUGUUGUGUGGGUUAAAAUGCUCUGUUGUACAGAUGCUGUAAAAACUAUUAUGUAUGUAUCUGGAUAAAAGGAGAGGAAGCAAAACACUUUGUAUGCUGCAUGGAAGCAUUAUCUCUUCCUUAUAGGUAUGAGUAAGUUUCCUUAGAUUCUGACAUCAUGUGCAAACUAAUCCAUCCUCUGUUUUCCCUUUUGUUUACAACAUGAUAGUGUUCUCUACACUUUUCUGGGGCACAAGUCCUUGUUCAUACUUUAGCUGUGAUGUCAAGUUUGUUCAGUGAGGUAUGAUGUGCUGCUGGGAAUGGAUUUUUUUUUCAGGUCAAGUUAUUGAUACAAGAGGAUUUUCAAGUUAACUCAGAAAUAUCCCUCAUUUCAUUAUUUUUCAAUUAUAUUUGUUUGAAAAUAGGAUAUGCACUGCAUUAUUUUAGAUGGUUGGGAAUUUUGUUCACAUAUUUUGAUACAGUUCAUAGUUGGAAAUAUUUGUGUAAAUGGUUUUCAGCAAGCCUGAAAGUAAUUUCAAGAAUGUUUCAAGUUGAGUAAAAUUUGCACAUAAAACACAUUUUUAGGCACUUUUUAACAUUCUCAAUGGUGGAAAUUUUAACUUUUAGAAUAUGUUGGAAUCUUUUUAUUAUCCUUCACAAUUUCAAUGCUUCUUUUAGUCAGUAAUGAUUCAGGGUUAUUUGAGGGGGGAAAAAACCCCAUAGUGCCUUGAUUUUAAUUCAGGUGAUAAUUCACCAUCUUGAACUCACUGUCUGGUUUCAGUAGCAAUUUUGAAACCUUAGUGCAUUUUUAACAGCAUGUGAGUGUUAUUAUUCUCCUAAGUUCCUAAGAAGACUGUUUUGAGUCUCUUGGACUAGAGAUUUGAUGACAUCCUAGCAGUAUCAACAUCAUUAACAUGAUCCCCAAAUUGUUUUCCUAAAUUAGCAUCUUAACUUCCUACAAAGAUAAAUAGUCCAUUUAAGAAUUUUCAGUAAAUAUUUGCUUAAUACAAACCUGAUAGUCUUACAAAGGAAAAAUGAGUAGGAAUUAGCUUUGCCUUCACUGUAAUACUAGAGUAUUGUAACUCACUUGCUUUCUAAACAUGAACUAAGAUUUCACUUGGCAACAUCAUAUUCCAAAGGUAAUAAAUUCCAACAGAAGUUACAUACAUUUUUUAAAGCCCAUUUUACAGAUUUUAUGGUACUAAUAAUGAAAUUCACAUCUACCAAGUAAAGGGAAAUUAAUGGAAAAUGUCUUAUUAGUGUAUCAAAAAUUUUUACUGAGGAAAGGGAGGACAAGUUGUAAUAAAUCAAAAUUGACCUUAAAAGAAAAUGUAUAACUCUAACAAAGGUUGUGAUACAGAAAAGGUUUUGAGUAAUGGAAAUGCCUAAUACAGAAUUGCUAGGUAAAGGGGUCAGAGGAAUUAUAAGGCAAAUAAUCUUAAAGCUUUCCUGUCCUCAGCUUUACUAUUAACCUUAAGGGAUAUACUUUGUCUUUCUGUAGAAAACUACCUGGCCACACACUUAAAUUAGAAAAUUAACUGAAAAUUUUAUUUUCUUGAAAAAGAAAAUAAAACCACCAAAGAAAGCUGGUACUACCCGUCUACAAAAGGAGCAUCACUAGACACCAGUCAGGUCAGUCUUCUAGCUAAACAAUGAUCCAGAAGAGAUUUCUGACAUUCUUGUGAAUGUCAGAAUAGUUGUUAGAAUAUGUAUGAAUAUGAGAUACAUGUACGCAGACCAAACUCACGUGGUAGAAUAUGGCAACAGCAGUGUUCUUCUCCUCUCUUCCAAUUGCCUUUCUUGACCAUGCCAUAUAUAUAAGUUGUGCCUCCUUUAUUUAUUGGCAUAUCUAGUGGUAUGUAUCUAGCUAACAGAAUAUUAAGAACUAUAUUAUAUUAAAACUUAACCCUUAAAUACCACAGUUAAAAAAGAUGGUUAACAGUGAGUACUAUGUACUUAAUAGAAGCAAAGCAUAAGACACACCAUAAGGUAAAUCUGUAGACUAUUUAUUUACUCAUGUUCUCCUCUACCUGGUCCUUGCAAGCACUUUCCAUCUCCACAAAUAUUUUGGAAAGAAAAUUAAGACAAAAUUUUCCUUAAUAAUUACUGUUUUUCCUUCACAGCUUUUUUUUUUCCUGCUUAGAAUUAACAAUUGGUAAAUUUAAAGGAAAAGCUAGCUGCUUUUCCUUUGCUGUCAGUAUAAAGUGUUGUGUUAGAAGAGCUAGUAAGCACCAGCUGCCUCUUUUAGUUCCUUAACUGUUUUUCUCCUCCUUUUGAACUUGAGUCACAAAGCUUGUCCGUCCCCUCCCCCAUGGAGACGUGAGCAUUCAAGUGAAGGUGCAGAAAUUGCAUAUUCUUCAUGUUUUUGUAGCCAAAAUUGUUCAUUUAAAACCCCAAAUCUAAAACACAAAAAGAUACCAAAUAGACUUUUCAGCUACUUAAAAAUCUGUCUUCCCUCUGUCUUUCUGUCACAGAUACUCGGUUUUUCUUAAAAAACCUUUUAUUCUGGGUGGCACUUUUUCAGUAUGCAAGAAACUGUUAAAGGCAAGGAAAAAGGCUCAUUGCUCUGCAGUUUAUCUUGCUUUGGACUGCUGUGGCACUGGGUAUUGUUUAGCAGCUAGAAGAGAGAAUUACAAAGAUUAGUGAAGUUGCUGCUGAGGGUGGUAUCAAACCAGAACCUAGACACUAAAAAUACUCCAUUUUUAGAGUGGACAAUAUUGGAGGAAAAGUGAAUGUGGGGGGCAGAGGAGAGUAAGUACAUAAAUACUACAGUUCAGUCUAUCACCUCCGUCCUUAGUUGAUGGGGUACUUUUAGAGUCCUGUGCUUUGCUUUGUCACUUAAAUCUGGCUCAGGAAUGUAAUAGUAAUAAAUGGAUGCCAGUAAUUUUGAAUAGUUACAGAAUACUCAGUGCAGAAUAGUGAAAAUGUUGUUUGGAUUCUUCAGAAGUGCUGUGGUUGCUGGUCAUUGCCUUAAAGCAGUCUGCUUGAAGUUAGUUAUAAACAGCACCGAUGCAGUCCAUCUGUAUGAAAAGGGCAUGUUUUGAAGGGGGAUGAGCCCCUUGUUCAAGAAGCCUUAGAACGGGACACUUAAGAUAGAACGGUUUCCCCUGUUCUAGGUGAAGAUUCUUUUAAACUGGGUAUCACUCAAUGUGUUUUAAAAUGUUUCUGCUUCAUUGAGGCAGACAUUUUAAGGGGAAUUCAAGUAGCAUUUUACCCUAGUAUUGCUUGUUUCUACUCUCUUCUUCCUCUGUAUUUCUUUGGCAAGCACAUGAGUUUGUCGAUAAACAUUUGUAUAAAACUAUGAUUCUAGUCUGUAGCCUUUCCAAUAUCUGUGACCCUGGUCUUGGUCCCAUGGGAGUCAGUGUUGGAAGGCAUAAACACUGGAUAUUAAUAUUACUGAGUGAAUCUAGCCAGAAGUGAGUUGACUGGAAUUUUAAAUGGUAAAGAAACAGCACAAAGGCACUUGCCGUUUUAAUUGAUUGGAGAAAGACAACAUUUUAAGUUUGUUUGGAAUGGGUGAUCAUUGUUCUAAAAGGAGCUUCUGAAGUAAUUGCAAAGGAAAGAGUUGACUAUUUUUAUAGCAUAUUUAAUAUAUUUGUAUAUAACUAUGAGUAGAGUAGGAACCCUUCACCUGCCUCCCACUUUUCUAAUUUACUCCCCUUUUGCCAUAGCGCUAGUAUAGCCUCAUCCGCAUGGGUAAUGUGCCUAUUGUCAGCCUACCAAAAGAUAGUGCUGCUGCUUUUCUGAGACAGGUGAGAAGACCCAACUCUCAUGCCUGGGGAUCCUUUAUAUGAGGAAUAGCACACACUUUUAAAACAACAUACCACAGUCUGAAAGCAUUAGUUUGAAAAUGUAACAAGCACUUUAUUGCAAUUACUCACUUUGAUAAAGUUUAUCAUCUUAGGCAUUAACCAUUUCUAAAGGAUCCCCAAAUCAUCACAUUAGGUGAACUUAUAAUGACCCAUUUCUGAGAAAUGUUUCGAUCUAGUGAACCGUAGGUUUAUGGGAGUGAUUUCAAGUAGCCAAAUGAACUUUGAAUUUCGUUUUGAAUGUGGUAGAGUCAAGAGAUUAUAGAUGACUACUUUCCAUUUACACACUUUUGUAAACCUAUCUUGCCUGUUUUGUGGACACCAAAAGAGACCAGUGAACCUGUUUAUUUCCAGAAGUCUAGGAAAAAUGUAUCAGUGUGAGUAGAUUGUAGAAAACGAACCUAAAAAUGACUGGUCAUAAUAUAGAAUACAAUCAUUUCAAGAAUUAUCCUGAGUGUUUUAACUGUCCUGAAAUGUUGGCAUGUCAUUUCAGCAUUUUCAUUUGAAUUGUUCUUGUAAUAUUUUUGCACAGAAGGACUGAAAAAAUACUUUUUGAAGAAAAGGAAAAAAAUUUAUAAUUUGGUCUUUUUUAAUGUCUCCUGUGGCCACACUGGAGAUGAAUUUUGUUGGUAUAGUUAUUAAUUCAGGAUAUUUAAAAGUGUUGAAUAGCUCACAAGAAGUUAAGCAAACCUGGAGAUAUUUAAAAAUUAAAAUAUUUUCUUUCCAUG